AUGAACGCUUUCAUGGUCUGGUCGCAGAUAGAACGCAGAAAAAUUUGCGAACAAACUCCUGACAUGCACAACGCGGAGAUAUCUAAAAACCUUGGCCGCGUUUGGAAGACCCUCAAUGAUGAGGAGCGCCAGCCCUUUAUCGAUGAAGCGGAAAGGUUGAGGCAACUACAUAUGCGGGAGUACCCUGACUACAAAUACAGACCGCGCAAGAAGACAGCAAAGUCUGAAAGAUCUGGACCAAAAACUGGAGGUGUAACCAAGCCAAAGCGCAAACAACGCGCAGAUUCAAAUAAUAAUAGAGGUGUUACUAGGCGAAGGAGACCAGUACCAACCAUCCCCAGCGUGCCGGCGGAGACGCCCGCACCCCCUCCGCUACCCGCAUCACCAGCUGGGUCGCCUGAUUCUCCAGAGUCUGCGUGUUUCUACGAAGACCACAAUCGUCGUGAGCAAGCGGAUCUUACGGAUCUCUACUCCAUCACGGACCUGCUUCCGCUACCAGCAGAUUGCGAGGUUGACCUUGAUGCCCUGACGACGGAUAUCGACUCAUUCGAGACGGCGUCUUCGUCAUCAGGUUCCCAUUUUGAGUUUUCGUGCACGCCUGACGUCUCCGACAUGUUGAGCGAGAUCGGCGUAGCGGGCGACUGGGUUGACCACACGUUCUCGUCGUAUCUGACGUCGUCUUAG